AAAAAAAAAAAUUCUAUAUUAAGGUUUUUAAAUAGUUAGACAUUAUUUGCUGAAAGAGCAUAUGUUGAAGGUUAUAGGAACUUGUCACUCUUCUGAGGCAAGUAAGCUUCAGCUCCAUAUUGAAUGAAUAUCAAGGCAGGAUGUCCGCCAACUCAAGUACGAGCGAUAUCGAGGACCGGAUGGAUCUUUACUUUAUUAGAAAACCCACACACAGGCCCAAGUCAACGGACGAUCCAAAGCCUGGGGCGCCUAUAAUCCACGAGAACAUUCCGCUGGCCCUAAAUGAUGUACUCCGGGUAACAAGGGACCCAGAACGAGAAGAUGUGUUCACCGUUUCCAUCAACAAGGCUCCAUGCCACUUUCGCACUUGCAUCGUGUACGCCUUUGUAGCCGGAGAAUGCCCGCACCAUGCAUCAUAUCGAAAAUACAUACUCGACGACAGCACUGCGUCACUGGAAGUGAGCAUUGCUACCAGGCCGUGGAAGAGAACGAUGAUUGCAUCUCUCCACAACGAGGCGACACAGCUGUCAAGCGAGGAAAGCUACAAAAAAAUAUGCGGAAGCAUGAGGCAGCUUCUAACUGCUUCCAUGGAAUAUGUAGACGCCUCCAGCAUACAGAGGGGCAAUGGCGUUUUUCUACACUGUCGACCCAACUUCUACAUGGAUAAAUUAGGCUUGGAGGCGUCUUCCUUUUUGGUCGACAAAGGUAGAUCACGUCAAAUGGAAAUUGCAUUUGCGGAUCAUUACAUUGAUUGGCACGAGAGCUACAAAAUAAAAAACUAGCCGGCUCUUUUAUAUCGAAUUUUUACUCAAUAGAAAAGUAUGUAUUAAAUAUAGAGAAAAUAUAAAAUA